CGGAAGAAUGAAGCCUUUGGUUGGGACUUUUUACCUCCUGGGAAUGCUAGUUCCUGGGGGACUGGCACAUGAUGGGACCCUACCUAAGCAUAGCCAAGAGGAUGUGGACAAGAUGGGGAAUUCUCCAAGCAGCCUGGAGACCUAUAACUACAACCAAUACCACCCCAUUGGGGAGAUCUAUCAGUGGAUGAGCCAAAUAAGUGAGAAGUACAAGGACGUGGUGACACAGCAUUUCCUAGGAAUGACCUAUGAGGCCCGGCCUAUGUAUUAUUUGAAGAUCAGCCAGCCAUCGAGUAACCCCAAGAAGAUGAUCUGGAUGGACUGUGGCAUCCACGCCAGGGAGUGGAUCGCGCCAGCUUUUUGCCAGUGGUUUGUGAAAGAAAUUUUACAAAACUACAAAGACAACUCAAGGAUUAGCAGACUCCUUAGGAAUCUGGAUCUCUACGUGCUCCCAGUUCUUAACGUAGACGGCUACAUCUACACGUGGACCACUGACCGUCUUUGGAGGAAAUCCCGGUCACCCCAUAAUAAUGGCACCUGCUUUGGGACAGAUCUCAAUCGGAAUUUCGAUGCAUCUUGGUGUAAUGCUACAUCAGGAUCUUCAAGAGACUGGGCUCGGGACAUUGGGAUACCCUUCUCAUACACAUUUGAACUGAGAGAUAAUGGUACACACGGAUUUCUCCUGCCAGAGGAUCAGAUCCAGCCCACGUGCGAGGAGACCACGGAGGCUGUGUUCUCUGUGCUCGAUGACGUGUAUGAUAAGUACUGGGCCGCCAACAGCGCUGGGAAGGUUUCGUCCACCCCUGUGGCCCUGGGCCUGCUGCUGGUCUUCAUUUCUCUAUUCUAAGUGCAUCCCAGCAAGCAGGGAGUGCUUUGACUCUGGUUGUACAAAUAA